CCGACGACAGCGAUGAUAACGACCAUCGCUCGAUAUCACGAACGAGUUGCUGCAAAUCGAAUCUGAACACCCUCGAGCUGUCGCGACAAUCAAACAGGGGGGCUGAUACGAUAUUAUUGGAAAACAAAGGCUUGAAUCUCGCAGAGGCGGGAGCGCAUCCCAAUCCGGAUCCCACAAGGCCUCAAACCCAUCACCAGGAACAAGACGCCAAAGUGCCUCUGUCAACCGCCAAAAUGGCCGCGGGCCUCAAGACCAUCAUCUCGCUGUCUUUUGUCCUUGCAAUCGGCUUUCUCCUCGUAAUCCUCUCCUGUGCCCUGUUCAAACAAUACCUCCCGCUCCUGGUCGUUGCAACCUACGUUCUUGCGCCGCUGCCGAACUGGAUUUGCGGACGAUGCGCGAACCCCGAUGACUUCGUGGAGAGCAGUGGCAAUGCCGUUGUAGAUUUCGGGAGGUUCUGCACUGGGUUUUUGGUUGUGAUGGGUGUUGCUUUGCCGGCUGUUCUUGCUCACUCGGAAAUCAUUCGUAUUCCAGCGAUGAUCAUGUCUAUUGUUGGCGGGUUACUGAUUUAUGGCACGAUUAUCAGCUUUGGCCUGUUUUUCCAGGAGGAGCAGGAAUUCUAGUUUCAGUGGAGGCUGAUGAGAGCGAUGAUGACUGGGUGGAAUUGGAACCAUUAUUAAGUGAGUCGAUUGUACAAAAUAGCAUCUAUUAGACAUGUUCAUAUGGUUCAUCGAUUUUUGGAUCACGAGGAUCUCAUCAAAGUAU